AUGACAAACGGUCAGGACAGGCAGGACAUGUUCCAUAGCAUAAAGGUUUUUGUUCGCCUGUACAAGGAACGUCGUCGUGGAAGACUACGAUGCUUCAACUGCAACAAGCGAGGGCAUAAAAAGGCCCAGUGCCCCAUGCCGAAAAAUAACACUGGCCAGCUGGCGCUAUCUACAACCCCCCUGCAUUCAACGCCGAAGGCUGAACUCGAUGAUACCAAAGCCGAACUUGUCGUGGUCAAAGCUGAACCAACAACAUAA